GUUAAAUAAUGUUUGAAAAUAAUUGCGUUAAAUAUGUUCCAUCAGUGCCUAAAAUAGUUGAUCCUGAACCAAUAACUUGUAUAAUAGAGCCAAGCGAAGAGGAAGGUGGCUUAUAUUUAGGUAAUUUGGAAGCAGCAAACAAUGUAGAUCUAUUAAGAAGGUUGAAGAUUCGAGCAGUUCUUACAGCAAGUCAGGAGACUGCAGUAAAAUACUAAGAGCAUGUUGUUCAUUUUCACGAAAUUAUUAUGGCUCAUGAUAAAGCAGAUUACGAUAUCAUUUAGCACUUUGAAUAGGCUUAUGAAUUUAUUGACAGACAUAGGAAAUACACAAAUGUUUUUGUGCAUUGUUUUGCAGGUAUAAGCAGAUCAGCAUCCAUGGUUACAGCCUACCUAAUGAAAAAAUAUAAUUUAUCGUUCGAAAAAGCACUUUGGAAUGUGAAGGCUAAAAGAAGAUAAGUGCAUCCAAAUGUUGGAUUUAUUAGAUAGUUGUAAAAAUAUGAAACUGUACUAAAAAAUCAAGCUAUUUCUAAUGCACCAUCCAGAAUUCAAUAUUAAUAGUAAUAAUUCCCAUAAUAUGGAUUUACUUAAUAAUAAAUUCAACAACCAAUCCAAUAAUCUAUUUUGACACCAUUCAUUUAAUAAUCUGUUCAAUAACCAUGGAAUUAAUCAUAACGCUUUGAUGAAUUAGUUUAAUUUUAUUGA